UAGAGAUGAGGUGGGCGUGUUUUCGGAGCCUCUGCUGCAUCAGUGAAUGACAUGAGGAUGUGAGAGAGAAUCAGCGACAGCAAGACGGACGGAGGCUCGAUAUGGCCGUAUGAUUUUAAGCCAUCCUCGAACGGACCGAUAUAUUGACGAUGAGGAUUAUUUUAAGGGCUGACCGAGAAACGGCCUGUUUUUGAGUCUAAGUCUUCCUCACCUGCCAGCCAUGGACUAGAGAAGAGGAGCGUGCGUUAGCGAGUGUGUGAUUUUGGACAUAACCAUGGUGGUGAGGUGGCUCAUCUCUCAUUGAGAACACACAAAAUGAGAGUGUGAAGCUGCAGGGCAGGCAGCGCAGCCACAUGUUUCGAUGACUCUGGACAUGGACGCGGUCCUGUCAGACUUUGUUCGGUCCACGGGGGCAGAACCGGGUCUGGCACGAGACCUGCUUGAAGGUAAAAACUGGGACCUGAGCGCUGCUCUGAAUGACUAUGAGCAGCUCCGGCAGGUCCACACUGCCAACCUGCCCAACAUCUUUAAUGAGGGCCGAUACUACAAGCAGCCGGAGCGUAGCAGCACCCCGCAGCACAUCAACAAGCCUGAUCAAUGUCUCCAGAAACAGGAGGACAACAAUCAGGAGAAGCGUCUGUCUCGGGGUAUCUCCCAUGCCAGCUCUGCCAUCAUGUCUCUGGCCCGACUGCAAGUCUCGGGGGAUUGUGCCAGGGAGCAGUUUCCCUUGGAGAUGCCCAUCUACACAUUCCAGCUGCCUGACCUGAGCGUGUACAGCGAGGACUUCCGCAGCUUCAUCGAACGUGACCUCAUCGAACAAUCCACCAUGGUGGCUCUGGAGCAGGCUGGUCGUUUAAACUGGUGGUCGACAAUGUGCACCAGCUGUAAGAAGCUACUUCCUCUGGCCACAACAGGAGAUGGAAACUGCCUUCUGCACGCAGCCUCUUUAGGAAUGUGGGGCUUCCAUGACCGAGAUCUGGUGUUGAGGAAGAGUCUGUAUGCUACGAUGAAGAACGGGGCAGAGAGAGAAGCUUUGAAGAGAAGAUGGAGGUGGCAGCAGACCCAACAAAACAAAGAGUCGGGACUGGUGUACACUGAGGAGGAAUGGGAAAGAGAGUGGAAUGAAUUGCUGAAGUUGGCCUCCAGUGAGCCACGCACACAUUUUAGCAAGAACGGCAACACCAGUGGAGGUGUUGAUAAUUCAGAAGACCCGGUUUAUGAAAGCUUAGAGGAGUUUCACGUGUUCGUCCUGGCCCACGUUUUGAGAAGACCUAUAGUGGUGAUAGCGGACACCAUGCUUAGAGACUCUGGAGGUGAAGCUUUUGCACCCAUUCCUUUCGGAGGGCUGUACCUGCCUUUGGAGGUGCCUCCCAACCGCUGUCACUGUUCCCCGCUGGUGUUGGCUUACGACCAGGCCCACUUCUCCGCCCUGGUGUCCAUGGAGCAGAGGGAUCAACAGAGAGAGCAAGCUGUUAUCCCACUGACCGACUCUGAGCACAAGCUGCUGCCUCUGCACUUUGCCGUGGACCCAGGGAGAGAUUGGGACUGGGGGAGGGAUGACAAUGACAAUGGCAAGCUGGCAAAUCUUAUUCUGUCACUAGAAGCUAAACUAAACCUUCUGCACAACUACAUGAAUGUAACAUGGAUUCGAAUUCCAUCUGAAACAAGGGCUCCCUUGGCUCAGCCUGAGUCGCCCACUGCCUCUGCAGGAGAGGACGUACAGUCUUUGGCAGAAUCAAUGGAUUCGGACCGGGAGUCGGUUUGCAGUAACUCCAACAUGAAUAGCGGCAAAUCAAAUAAAGAGAAGGACAAAGACAAGCAGCGAAAAGACAAAGACAAAACUAGGGCAGACUCAGUGGCAAACAAGUUGGGCAGCUUCAGCAAGACGUUGGGUAUCAAACUUAAGAAGAACAUGGGUGGCUUAGGAGGACUUGUCCAUGGCAAGAUCAGCAAGUCCAACUCAACGAACGGACGAACGGUAGAGAACGGAGAGCAGAAAUCUAAGAAAAAAGACUCUAAAAUACGAAAAGGCAGCAAAGAGGAGUCAGGUCAGUCGGCCAGUACUUCCUCUUCAGAGAAGACGACCAGUCCUUCUCCUACGGACCGCGCAUCUGGUAGCUCACCUGUCGAGAGACAACCAGGAUCAGGCAAAAACUCGGGUGACCGGACACUGGACAACUGGAAGUACAGCACAGACGUCAAACUUAGCCUGAACAUCCUUCGGGCAGCCAUGCAGGGUGAGCGCAAGUUUAUCUUUGCUGGUUUGCUGCUCACCAGUCACAGACACCAGUUCCACGAAGAGAUGAUUAGCUUUUAUCUGAGCAGCGCCCAAGAACGUUUUAGUGCCGAGCAGGAACAAAAGAGAAAAGCAGAUGCUGAGAAGAAACCACAGACUAAUGGUGUGCCACUGAAGAAGCCUGAGCAGGAAAGCGCUUUUCAAAGGGAGCGUUCGGAUAGCUCUCCACCUGAUAGUUGCUCACCGGUUUUGCACCCCAGUCAUAAUCACACGCAGGCUGUGAAGGUCCAAGAACGGGGAAGCCCUAAGCUUGCUGCUUCUCCUAUCCCUAUACCCAUCCCAGUGUCCAUUCAAGGAUCCUCCAUGUCUCCCAUCCCUUUUUCCUCUCCUAGUAAUGGUGCUAAGAGAUCCGGACCAGUCCCCGUUUCAGUCCACUAUAGCCAUACGCCACCUAUCCAGCGGCAUAGUGUCAUCCACCUGAGGGAUGUCAACGUGCAGUCAUCCAGCUAUCAGGAUGAGUCCUACAAGCCGUUGGUGGGAACGCUCAAAACCUGUGCCACCUACCCUCAGCAAAACCGAUCACUGUCCUCUCAGAGCUACAGCCCUGCUCGCAUGUCUGGGAUUCGUACCAUCAAUGCAGUCGACUUCCCCUACAACAUGCCCGGGGAACACAAGUCUCACACUUACACCAAUGGCUUCAACACGGGUGAUAUGCGGGACUGUCUGGAGUACGCGGAUGAGGACCCUGUGCCACAUAGUUGGCUGGGACAGGACAAAACCAAAGGGCAGGGUACCGUCUGUCCAAUGUACUGCUUUCAGCAGAAACGCUGCAGGAGGGACAACUGCACCUUUUAUGGUCGGCCCGAGACUGAGAACUUCUGCUCCUACUGUUAUAGAGAAGAGUUGAAACGUAGGGAACGGGAGUUGAAGGUGCAUCGGCCUGGAUAGCCCGAAUACACCACCGAUGUGUGUGAAAACAACUGCGACGUCACCACCUUUUUGCACUUUGCAAGCGAUACAAAGAACUGGCAUAACAUUUUCCUACUCUAUUUAAGAUUGGCCUCC